AAUUUUGUUGCUCAUAAACCGUCUCUCCUUCUUCAGUCAUCACUGCCUCUUCCCUUUCCUCCAUCGCUUGUUUGAUAAAAAUGGAACAACCCCUGCUAACUGAAAAAGCUGAAAUUGGGGAUAGAGAAAGCGAUAAAUGGCAUUCUUAUCCGUCGGUGGGACGAACAGGCUCAAUGAUUCCAACUGCUUCCCAAGUCAGCGUUGACGAAAUUCGAUCGGCUGCCACCGGUUCUGAUCGUUACCCUGCUUCUCUCCACGCCCCCUUGAUGAGUUCUCCCGAGCCGCCUCCCUAUAUUACUGAGCAAGCUUUUCCAUACGAGGCUGAAUAUGGAGGACAAUUUGGUAAAACUGAAAAUCAAGCUCAUAGGCAAAUAUUGGAUGAGGUUGAGAUACGGGAGUUACUCAUUGAUCAUGUUGGUCACCGUUGCUGUUGGGGAAGUCGUCCUGCUCGCACAUGGAAGAUCCAUUCUGUUGAAGACUGCAAUGUCUAUGUUGGGACUCUUGAAACUUUUGUGGAAGAAAGGGAAGUGAUAACCGAAACAGAACCAUACCGUGGUGGCAAUAUUGAUGGAAAAGAGAAGGGGACUGAACUUGGCGUUUGGGAAUUAGAUUUGAAGUCAGACUUCCCAGUUCUAUUUACUCCUCACAAAGAAUCUCGUGCCAAAGUUCCCCAUUCUGAAUCUGUCGAGAAAUGCCCAGAUUGUGCAGGAAGAGGAGAUAUUUUUUGUGCUGAAUGCAAUGCAGAUCAAGAUCCUGGAUUUCAUAAAGAAAAUCAGAUGUCUCCUUGUGCUGCCUGUUAUGGGAGGGGUCUAAUUGCUCAUAAAGAUGGAUCUGACACAUUAUGUGUGAAAUGUAAUGGCAAAGGCAAGAUACCUUGUGCGACUUGUGGAUCUCGUGGGCUAGUUAAAUGCCCUAAAUGUCAAGGCAGUGGUUCUCUUUUGACACGCAAAAUAGCUGUUGUUAGAUGGGAUACACAUGGUGCCCGAAAACUAAAUGCGACAAGUGGAGCAGCCUCGGUUCCUGAUGAUGUGUUCCACAGAGCCAAAGGGAUUCAGUUAUGCAACACUCAGGCCUAUCAUUGCACCCCAGCUUUCUUUGCCGAUUCCUUCUUUCUCAACCAGUUCUCGUCGGAGGUAAUUUCCGAAAGACCUCCUAUACCUCCUAGUGCUCGAGUGAUAUGUGAGAGGCAUACGAUCUCUGUGAUCCCUGUUACACGUGUCACGAUGGUUCAUCGUGGCCAGACCUUCAGUUUCUACAUCAUUGGUUUUAGCCGAGAAGUGUACCUUAAGGAUUACUAUCCUUCUAGGUUUUGCUGGGGGCUUUGCCCUUGCUUAGAUUGGCUCAAGUUAUGAGUCAAGCGUUCGUGUUUCACGUGUUCUAUGUGCUCGUGCUACUGCUAUUGAUACCGAUACUGAUACUGAUAUACGUAUCGGUAGGCUGUAGUCUGUUGUCCAUGCUGGUUUCGGGUUCGAAGUAUCGAAGUUGUUCAUGUUUGUAUGAUUGUGGUUUUGAAGUGAGGCUCAGUGUGUUUGGGGAAAUGUUUGCUUUUGCACAUGUUAGUAUGGUAUGAUAAAUGUGUGUUUUCAAAUGUAGUUUUUUAAAUUUAUGAUACAUGACUUGAUAUAUGUU